AUGCAGUGUGGGCCUCCCGACAUGGUCUGCGAGACGAAGAUCGUGGCCGCCGAGGACCAUGAGGCGCUGCCGGGGGCCAAGAAGGACGCGCUGCUUGUCGCUGCCGGCGCUAUGUGGCCCCCUCUGCCCGCGCCUGGGCCCGCCGCCCCGCUACCAGCGCCCGCGCCCCCGCCCCGAAGCCGCCCGGAUGGCGCAGGGGGUGCGGGGCCUCCGGAGGGGCGCGGUGUGUGCAUCCGCGAGUUCCGCGCCGCGGAACAGGAGGCGGCGCGCCGCAUCUUCUACGACGGCAUCAUGGAGCGCAUCCCCAACACGGCCUUUCGCGGCCUGCGGCAGCAUCCGCGCACACAGCUACUCUACGCCCUGCUGGCGGCGCUCUGCUUCGCUUUGACCCGGUCACUGCUGCUGACCUGUCUGGUGCCGGCCGGGCUGCUGGGCCUACGUUACUACUACAGCCGCAAGGUGAUCCUCGCCUACCUCGAGUGCGCCCUGCACACCGACAUGGCCGACAUAGAGCAGUACUACAUGAAGCCACCUGGCUCCUGCUUCUGGGUGGCUGUGCUGGAUGGCAACGUGGUGGGCAUUGUGGCAGCGCGGAGCCAUGAGGAGGACAACACGGUAGAGCUGCUGCGCAUGUCUGUGGACUCUCGCUUCCGUGGCAAGGGCAUCGCCAAGGCGCUGGGCCGCAAGGUGCUGGAGUUUGCCCUGGUGAACAACUACUCGGCGGUGGUGCUGGGCACGACGGCCGUCAAGGUGGCCGCGCACAAGCUCUACGAGUCUCUGGGUUUCAGACACAUGGGUGCGAGUGACCAUUACGUGCUGCCCGGCAUGACCCACUCGCUGGCCGAGCGCCUCUUCUUCCAGGUUCGCUACCACCGCUACCGCCUGCAGCUGCGCGAGGAGUGACCGCCCGCUGCCCGCCCACCUGCCUGCCCGCCUGCCGCUCCCGGCCACCCACUGCCCACCCUCCCCACGUCUGCCUACCACCUGCCUGCCGCUCGCCUCCGGCUCAGCCCUGCUCCCAGACACUC